AUGGCUUGCCUGAUCGGGGUUUCCUGUGUGUGUGACUGGCAGUGUCUAGAUCAAAUAGGAUGCUUGUUUUUUGAGGAGCGAAGCCCCGCCCUGCGUUCCAAGCGCUCCAUCAGCUGCGGGGAAAGAAACAUUCCGAGGGCUUUGGGUGCUCUGCUUUCUGGCUACGAAGGCUGGAUAACACCUGGGGACGAAGACAAGGUGAGUGUUUCGGGGUGCUUUUGUAAAGGGAAAUGGGGUUUUGGAAUGGAUUUAGAAAUGAAUGCACUUGAAAUAAUUUGUUUUUCCUGGAUGUUUGCAGUCUUACUUAAUAAUUCAGUCGUUCUUUCACUGUUAAAUGCUACUAUAAAAAGCAAUCAAACAAAUGAAUUUAUAGAUAAUCAAAGUGAUCUUUCGUUUGUUUAUUAGUAGCCUUCAAGCUUUUGAGAAACGGAGAAGUUAAAAUGUGACUUUUCAUUAACCAGGAAGUAAGAGGGAGGAAAACUUGCUUUUAAUUCCACCUGCUUAUUGUCCCUCUUUUAUUCCCUUUUAUUCGGUCCUUUUUUCGUUCUUUCUUUUUUGGGAAGUUUACAUAUCCUGAAUGUUCACAUAAAGGCCAAUUCCACAGGGACAAGCGAUGUUAAGUCUAUCACGGUGGAAAGCCAUCCAGAGUAUCUUGUGGUGCCUUUUGAAAGACGGAACGAUUGAUUGUGGCUUUCAUGCGCCGGAGGCCCAGCGCGCUCACUUCAUGCAAUGCGUUAAGUGGUCAGUCCAGUAAGUGCGCAGGUAUAUAUAAUAUAUCUGCCAUUAAAUACAGGGCAGGGGGCAGGAGAAGGAAAAUGUUGUAUUUUUAUGUAGACUGGGGCUAAAACGCCCAACAGUGUAAAACAGUAGAACUGUGUGAGUUGCCAUGCUGCACAAAAAUGAAUACAGUACCAGACCCAGUCACUUUUGGUAAAUGAAUAAAUAUAGAGCGCUAUUAGUUAAUCCCUGUGUUUCAAAAGUUUGGCACCAACUAGAAUUGCAUGCACACGAUACAUGUAAAGCCACUCCCCUCCCAAAUCCUGAGAACUGUAAUUUGUUAAAGGUGUUGGGGAGUUGUAACUGUGAGCGGAAAACUAUAGUUCCCAAGAAUCUUGAGGUGGUAGGGGGUGGGAUGUGCUUUAAAAAUGUACAGUGCGUCCACAGCCAAGUUGGGUGUUUAGUGUUGCUGGUCCCAUAAGUGUGGAACACUCUUCCAGCAAGCAUCCUUAAGACGUCACUUGAAUACUUUUUUACGCUGGCAGGCCUAUUGGGUUGUUUAAACUUUUUAAAGAUGUGCCUUUCACUUUCACGAUUCCUCUGCAUUUUUAUGGUAUUUUGUGCUUUUUGCACUUGUAAAUUUUGUUGUACAAUGCCCUGAUACUUUAUAUGAGGAGCAGCCCAUAAAUAUGUUUAAUAAGUAAAUAGCACAGAAUUGUUCUGAAAAGAGUUUGUGAUACAGAUCACUGAUUUGCUUUCCCUGCACCCCAUAAGAGAAGAGUUGCUGUGAAAGGGGGGCGGUAGAGAGGAUUAUAUUUGGUAUAUUACUUAGUGCGUUAUAUUUAUCUGAAUGUGAACUUGGAUUAAUGCCUAAAUCAGUUAUUUGCUCUACAGAGAUUAGUGAACUUUAGAAUUCAGAACUGGGGACAGACUGUAGGCAAGGAAUUCUGCCACGUUGGUGUUUGAAGUAGGGGAAUCACAUUGAGAAACCGGCUGCCAAUUGCAAAUAACAGACAAGUUGUAAGUCACCUUGGAGCAGUCCCUGUUUGCUAAAUACAAGUAAAAUAAACAUGCUAAAUUAGAUCACUCCCUAGGGCUUGUGAGAAGGAUCUGUGGUUCUUCAGAUAUUGUUGGUACUCAAACUCCCAUCACCCAUGUUCAUGGGCAAUGUUGGCUGAGGGUGAUGUGAGUUGGAGUACUAACAAUAUCUGAAGAACCACAGUUCCGUUCCCCCCACCCCCGGGCAUAAGAGAUUUUUUCUCUUCCCUCCACCAUCUGCUCCACAAGGUAUGGGGAACCCCAGAACAAAUUCAGAAGUGUGCAAAGGGGAUGAAGAGGAAGGGAAAUUUCCAUUGCACAAGCAGAAUGUCCUUACAUGACAGUGUUGCUGGGUGAAACCCAUAGGAAGCUGCCUUAUACCGAAUUGGACCAUUAUUGGAAUUGGCUUGCCUUUAGAUUUUUACAUGGGAAUAAGCGUCACUGAAAUCAUCAGUGUGUUUGCUUCUGAAGAACAUAAGAAACUGCCUUAUUCUGAGUCUGACUGAUGGUCUGUCUAGUUCAGUAUUGUCCACACGGACCAGCAACCGCUCUCCAGGGUUUCAGACAGGGAAUAUUCCCAGUGCUGCUUGAAGAUGUUGGGAAUUCAACCUGGGACCUUCUGCACCUAUGCAGUUUCCUCAGGUGUCAUAUGUGCUGUGUUCUGUGCCAGCUACAGCUUCCAGCGGAGUCUCAAGGGGAGCCCUGUACAAAGUGCAGCAUGUUCAUGGCUUCUAUACUACAUCAGUGCUCUCUUACCAGUGACCAGGAAACAGAAGCUUUUCAGAAACAUCUGGUCACCAGUGUGUCUCUUUCUGGAGUAAACUUUGCCCUCUCCCCCCCCCCCACUUUUUUUUGUGUUUCUGUGCAGGAAGCAGAGCAACAACGGUCAAGAUACCUGGUCCCACCCCAUCAUGGCUCCUCUGUAGUGGCAAAAUGCUGA